CAAAGACACCUUCGAAAACCAUCCGAAGUAGUGCGGUAACUGCAGGCACCAUGUCUAAGCUUUUCGUUUUUGUAGUUGCUACUGCGAUCGCCGUCUGCUCAGCAGGCCUCUCGGAUUUUAAGUCCGAAUCAACGCAGGAGCAAGACAACGUAGUGCUUGAUGUGGACUCAGCAGAAGACUCAGAACCUGCAGCUGGAGGCCACAGCUAUCUGUACACAUCAUCCGCGGCAGCAGCUUCAGCAGCAGCUGCGUCGAACGAGUAUGACGACCAAGGGCACCUUGGUGCCGGUCUUGGGGCUACAUCUGGAAGCAGCAGUGGGGCGGAGCUGUCCAGUUUAGCUCACACCAGUGCGGUGCAGGCAAAGAACGCUGUGUUGAAUCAGCAUACGCAGGGUAGCCAGGCUGCGUAUGGGAUUAAGAGUACCUUGGCGUCAGCUGCUCACGGGGCUGCUCAAGCUGCCCAAGCCGCUUUGGUAGGCAAGCAAGCCUUGGUACACAACCUGAAGCAUCAACUGAACGAAGCUCAGCAACAGCUGAACAUAGAAGUGACCCACUACCAGCAGACCAACGCAGCUGCGCAAGCUGCAAAGGAAGCAGCGCACCACGCACAGGCGCAGCUGAACACUCUGUCCGCAGCUUUGGCCUCUGCGCAAGCUGGAGCGCAGCACUCACAGCAGGCUGCAGCCGAAGCUGCCAAUGCGUCGGCUGCACAGCAUGCGAUGGUGAUCCAGGCUAAGAACAGAGUCAGCUCCAUCAUAGCCCAACUGCAAGCCUCCAUAUCCGAUCUCCAGGACACCGAAGCCUCCGCCAGAAAGGCAGCCGCAGCCGCCCACAUAGCCCAAAACAACGCUGCAGCUGCCGGGGCAGCCAUAGUUGCGCACGCAAAUGCGGCGAAAGAUGCAUCUGCCCAUAACAGCAUUAGCAGCCAUAGUGGUGGAUAUCACUUUUAGCUUAAGUUUAUAUUCUAUGUGUAUAUUACUCCUUUUUUACUGAAAUAAAUGUAUGUGAU